AAAUUGAAAAAACAACAAAAACAAAAGAUUGGGAAGAAAAGAAAGAACUGAAGAGAGAGAAAGAGAAGAGAAGAGAAGAAUCAAUGGCGGGGAGGGAGAGAGCAGUGGCGACGCUGCCGAAACUGAUAAGGAGUUUGAGAAAUCAGCCACCCAAGCCGAAGGUAUCCAUGGCGAUGCCUCACCUACAACAUAAUCAAAUGCUUCCUUCUCUGAGGCGAGCCUUUUCUCUCUACGAUCAGAUCAACAUCAUCGACAACGUUCCCGAAGACCAGCUUCGCUUUCAACGCUAUACGGACACUGGGUUUACUGUCAAUGGUGUCGACUACGAAGGAAGCUUGCUUUCGGUUGGUAAUUUGCUCAUGUCUUGGACCCCCAAAAAUUUAUCCCAAAUCACUCCUGACAGUCUGUCCAUCUUCAAAAUUGUGCGUCCUAUACCAGAGAUCUUGAUUCUCGGCUGUGGGCGGAACAUUGUACCGGUAGAUCCCGAACUAAGGCGCUUCAUACGAUCAACGGGAAUGAAAUUGGAAGUUCUUGAUUCAAGAAACGCAAUUUCAACUUACAAUAUACUAAACGAGGAAGGUAGGAUCGUGGCUGCUGCACUCAUACCCUAUGGAGUUUCUUCAUGAACCGGCGGCUAAGUUCUUGUUUCAGCCUUGUUCUAAGGUUCAAUCUUUUUAAUAAACUGAAUUUUGAGUAGCUCAAACUUUUGUUUUUUUGUUUUUGGUUAUCUUAUAGUUAACCACAUUUUGAUUGCAAAGUAGAGCUUCUUCAUUUUUGUGUCAACCAUAUUACCCUACUCUGGCUGGUGUUUGAAACUAGAUUUUGAGCAUGUUAAUAUUACCACCAAACACUUCAAAA